UAUGACAUCUUUGAUCUAGGAUUUUAUUAUAAUUGAUGGAUUUAUUAUUAUUUUUUGUAUUUUUCCAGUAGAUGAUAAUGCCAGUAAUGAGCAGAAUAGAAUGGCUUCUAAAAAGAAUUACUUCCUGGAGAGGAUCGUUCCUUGUGCAAUGUAUCUGUCAAGAGGUGUAGAAGUCACUGGAAUUAUAUCUGCUUGUGUUUGUUGAAAAGCAUAUUGUUUGGGCUCUGUCAGGUUGUAAGUGGAGGGCUCUGUGUUUUAUCAGAGAUCAGACAAGAAGAAGAAUUGGAGAGCAAAAAAGUGCAAAGCAAAAUGUCGAAGGGUGUUGGGGAAAGUUCUGUGGAAGACCUGGCUAGGGUUUCUGACGAGGAGCUUAUGAAGUGGAGUAAAGAGGAUCUGAUCCAGAGGCUCCGCAGGGCAGAGGCUGACAAGAUGAGUGCUAUGCUGGAUCACAGCAAUCUGAUCAGGGAGGUAAACAGGAGGCUGCAGCUUCAUCUGGGGGAGAUCAGAGGGCUAAAGGAUGUAAACAAGAAGCUGCAGGAAGACAAUCAAGAACUUCGAGAUCUUUGUUGUUUCUUGGAUGAUGACAGACAAAAAGGGAAAAGGAUUUCCAGAGAAUGGCAAAGGCUUGGAAAAUUUGCUUCAGGGAUCAUGCAAAAAGAAGUUGCAGUGUAUUUACAGAAACUUAAGGAUCUUGAAGGAAGACAAGAAGAAAUAGUUAAAGAAAACUUGGAAUUGAAAGAGAUUUGUGUUUUGCUAGAUGAGGAUAAGAUUGGGGGAGCAGGAAGCCGAUGUUCCAUUGACAGUCAAAAUAGUCUCUGUCAGUUAAAUACAACAGCCAGUACUUUCUUACGAGAUGUUGGUGAUGGGAGCAGCACCUCCAGCGCAGGAAGCACAGACAGCCCCGACCAUCAUAAGUCUAACCCUACCAGUAGUCCAGAGCACCUUAAAAAAAAUAGGAGUGAAGGAAGUCCUGAACAUCAGAAACACGGGAGUGGGAGCCCGGAACAUCUUCAAAAGCCUAGGAGUUCUGCCAGCCCUGAACAUCAGAAACAUCUGAAAAGUGCAAGUCCAGAACAUCAUAAAAGCGUGGGUAAAAGUAGUCCUGAGCAGAAAAAACAUAUUUGUAGUAGCCCAGAAAAUCUACAGAAACAAAUAUUAAGUAGUAGUCCUGAACAUUUUAAAUUGCAUAGGUCUGGUGGUAGUCCAGAAUACCAAAAGCUCAGCAGUGGCAGCCCAGAACAUCUUCAAAAACAUAUAUUAAGUGGAAACGCAGAACAUCUUCAGAAAGCAAGGGGCAGUAGCCCUGAGUGUCUCAGACAACAUUUUGGUGGUAGUCCAGAACAUCUCAAACUUUUGAGUGGGAGCAGCAGGGAAGGCACCUUAAGGAGACAAGUAGCAGAUGAAAUGUCAUCUCAUCACAGAAGUGUGUACAAUGGAAUGAAUGGCUGUGUGGAGGAAACUUGGAGAUGCUGCAGGUUCAUGUCCUGGAAUUAGACAUCUCUCUGCAAAUCAAUAUAAAGGACCAAUGUGACUGAAGAUGGAUAUCGCCUGAGCCCUUCUUAAGAUAAAGAACAAAUUUAAAUGACAGUGGGAGAGUCACAUAGAAGAAUUAAUCACAAAUAUUAAGCCCCAGGCAGAGUGGGUCAUCUGACGUAAUAGAUUGAUUAAUUUAAAAUUGGCACAACUCGCUUAAUAUUAUCGUUCAAGCUGCAGUUAUGUCCUUUGGACAAUAAGCACAUCUAGUUUUACAGCACAUUUAAAAUAUAAAAUACCUUUUGGUUAUGGUAAAGUUAUUUAAAGUCAAAAGGUAAACAUGCGUUUAAUAUUACAAUCAUUUUCAAUAUACUCUUACAAAAUAUGUGGAUAUAUUCUAAAAAGCCUAAGUAAAUAUGAUAAAACGUUAUUGUAAAUCUACAGCAAUUUAAAGGUAUUAUAUCGCUAAGUGACACGUAGUCUUCUUGGCCUUAAACUAAAGAGAUGAUGAAAAUUAAAAUUUAUUUUUAACAAUGCUAUCAAUAUUUGUAAAGGUAGGAGGUAGGGUAGGCUUUAUUGCGUGAUCUUAAACAAUAUAAAUUAUCUGCACAUUAUAUCAUUUUAAAAAAGCUUUCAAACUGUGUUAUUAAAAGCUUAUUUCUGACGAUCCAUAUACACAUUCUUCAAAAGGUGCUGCACAAUCAUGGUCCAAGUAUAUUCUAAAGGUCAAACUAUUGCCAGCUAACGUAUUACUUAUCUAGUUAUA